ACAGCAAGGGUAGAAUUUAACCUGAAAAUCAUGAUAAAAAAUGGGGUUUUAGUUGUUUCCUUCAAUUGCCUACUCCAUGUUUAAAUUCUUCUUGCACUGAUCCAAUCCCCACAUUCUUUUCCUAAAUUUGUAAAGGCACCUAAAACUAAUUGCCAAAAGUAAUAUGCAAAAAUGUUCUUUUCAACUUCAGCUAACGACUAUAACAAUAUCAACCCUUUUCUACACUUUCCUUCUUCUUCUUACCAUCCCCAAGCUCUUCCUCCUCCUCCUCCUCCUCCUCUUUUAAGUCAUGAAUCUAAUGACAUUCUCCUUAAUCAUCAUCAUCAUCACCAUGAUUUGGUGUCGGCUUCUUCAUUGUUGCCUGCAAAUCCUCAGUUGACCGACACUUUACUUAACAUGGCACUUUUGAAUAAGGAUGGGGUUGGUUUUGGUGGUCCUCCAGGGUUUGGUUUUCCCGUCAACAAGGCUGUAAAGAAAGAUCGACAUAGCAAGAUUUGCACCGCACAAGGGGUGAGAGAUAGGAGGGUGAGGCUGUCCAUAGAAAUCGCCCGCGAGUUCUUUGAUCUUCAAGACAUGCUAGGGUUUGACAAAGCAAGCAAAACCGUGGAGUGGCUGCUUAGGAAGUCGAACAAUGCCAUAAGGGAGCUGGUAAAGAUGAAGCGUUAUGGGAAUGGUUGUCCCGGGGGUCAAAGGAGUUUUUCUCUCGUCCCUGAUGAUCAGUAUGAAAUGGUAGCUGAGAAUGGAGCCCUUGGUGUCGAUGGAGGAGAGUUUGAGGGCACAGCUUUCCAAAGCAACUUACUUGAGCUAGAGGGUGUUGUUUCUAAAGAUAAAAAGAUGAAAAUUUUACACAAAGCAGCAGUCCCUCUGCUUGCAAAAGAGUCAAGAGCAAAGGCAAGGGCAAGAGCAAGGGAAAGGACUCGAGAAAAAAUGUGCAGUGGGUCUGGGAGUAGUACUAGUAGACAUGAGUGGAAAAUAUGUCCAGAUUCAAGCCCUCAUUUCUUAAGGUCUUUGUCCCAACUUGAACCAACCAAGAAAUCAGAUCAUUCUUAUGGGCACAACAGUUCCAGCAUGGCAUCUUCCUCUAAGGUUGUUGCUCAUCAAGUUGAAGAACCUAGUGCAGCAUCAAGAGACAAUGUUAUCGAGGAAUCUCUAGUGAUCAGAAGGAUGUUGAAGCCAUCUGCAAUUUUGGGUUUUCAGCAAAACCUUGCAACUUCAAAGGAUGCAAGCUGCAACAGCAGUGGCAAUAACGGCUUUCCCAAUUUGUCUCAGAAGUGGGAUAUUAAUGGUGCAAUGGCACACUCUACGCUUUGUGCUGUAACAACUAAUGUCAGUCUCUCAACAGGAGUUCAACUGUAUGGCAAACCCUGAGAGGCCUGCAUUCCUUUCAUUGAAUAACUAAUUACUUGAGCAGUGCAUGAGCAUGAAGAGGUGUAAGCUAUAGUUCUAAUUUGUUGUUGAUUUAAGGUUUGAUAGAGCAAAUAAAAACUCUUUGCAUGCUUACUUUCCUUUUGAAUCUCUCAAACUCAUUUGCCGGUCUCUUGCUUAGAACUAUGUUCUUUGCUCUAGUAGCUUGGCUAGUUUUGGCUUAGCAAAAAAGAAUUGAAUUGCGGGUCUCAUGGGGUAAGAAACUCAAAAUUAAUGAAAAAGUUUAUCUAGUUUUCCAUCUCUAUAUAAUGUUGUUUAUGUACAAUAUUUAUU